AAAUAUGGCUGGAGAAGGUGGCAUUGAUGCCAAGCCAGAUGAAGUGAAGCCAUCGGGAAGGAAAGCUCUAGAGAAAUGGCUGAAUAAAAGUAUGAAGAUUGAAAUGACAGAUGGGAGGACUUUGAUAGGUGUGUUUGUGUGUACGGAUAAAGAUAAAAAUGUCAUACUAGGAUCGUGUGAAGAAUACCUUAAACCCCUAGAUAGUGGAGAAAAGGAAGAGCCUAGGAUCUUAGGUUUGGCAAUGAUUCCAGGCCACCAUAUUGUCUCCAUCAUGGUGGAUGAAGAUCAGAUGAGAGAACCUCAGGUCAUGUGAUCAGGUCAUGUGUUAGAUUCCUGACAUUCCUGUUGGUGGAUGACAAGUCCGGGCUUGGCUAGAGUUGUAACCCACCCAGUGGAUGGAAUGUGCAAUAUCUCAUGUAUUUUGGAGCAGCAGGUGACAGUUCAUUGGUAAUGAUUAAUGUGCUUUGACACACAAAGAUUUCACUUUCUAGAAAAAAGGUGCCAUGUACAAAUUUACUGUCGAGAGAAAAUCUGGAGUACCUCCCGUAUUGGUGCCAAAAAUGUUGUACAACCUUCUGUAUGGAUGCUGCACAUUUAGUGCUGGAGUACUGCGACUGUGACGUCAUGUCGAAGGUUAAUAUUUGCUCAGUGGGAAGUAAGUUCUCAGUCUUCUCGAGGGCAGCAAGUAAGGGAUAACUCCUGUCCUAAAUCUGAGCGGUGCGACGGGAGUUAUGCCCCUUUUCGGACAAAACGUCGUAUUUCGUUUAUACGUGUACAUGUACAGGUCUUUUGAUACUUUGUUCUUUAUUAUGUCUUUAAUAAAGAUUAAAAGCUGAAUUUUGUUUGGUUUUAA